UAUUUUUAAACAAAAAGAGAUAUAAUGAAAUGUUGCCUUAUAAAUGAAAGCGGAGAAGAGGCAUUGCAUUCUAAUGGUGUGAUUAAGCACAAGGAACAGCAAGUCAUGGAAUUAUUUUCAGUUUUUCUUUCUUCCAUCUUCUCUCUGUCACUUCUCUUCGGCCUCCAACUCACGCCGCCGGUGUCUGCCAGGAAGAGUUACAUAGUACACAUGAAAGAGCGUCACGAUCCUAGCGUGCACCCCACGCACCUUGACUGGUACACUGCCACUCUUUCUUCUUCUCCAGACUCUCUCCUUUAUGCCUACACCUCUGUUUACAAUGGCUUCGCUGCCACGCUUGACCCUCAACAACUCCACGCGCUCAGAACUUCCGACUCAGUUUUGGGUGUAUACGAAGACACGCUUUACAAGCUACACACCACACGCACCCCUGAGUUCCUUGGUCUCCAAGCCCACUCUGAGUUUUGGGAAGACCUUGACCACGCAUCACACAACGUCGUUAUUGGGGUCCUUGACACUGGCGUCUGGCCAGAAUCCCAAAGCUUUGAUGAUUCCCAAAUGCCCCAAACCCCCACGCGCUGGCGGGGCACCUGUGACUCCGCACCUGAUUUCGACCCUUCUCUUUGUAACAACAAACUUAUUGGCGCUCGCAGUUUCUCCAAGGGCUAUCUCAUGGCUUCUGGUAACUCCAGAAAGCCCAGAGACAUUGCUUCGCCGCGUGACCGUGACGGCCACGGUACGCACACAGCCUCUACGGCAGCAGGCUCCGUCGUCUCCAACGCCACGCUUCUUGGUUACGCCACCGGCACCGCAAGAGGGAUGGCGCCGCAGGCGCGCGUGGCGGCUUACAAAGUCUGCUGGACUGACGGCUGUUUCGCCUCCGACAUUCUUGCCGGAAUGGAUCAGGCAAUCCAGGAUGGAGUCGAUGUCCUCUCGCUCUCCCUCGGCGGCUCCUCCUCCGUUCCAUACUACUUCGACACCAUUGCUAUUGGAGCCUUCGCUGCAGUGGAGAGAGGAAUAUUCGUUUCGUGUUCCGCAGGGAAUACUGGACCCCGAAGCGGUUCUGUUGCUAAUGUCGCUCCGUGGAUCAUGACCGUCGGAGCCGGCACACUGGACCGUGAUUUUCCGGCGUACGCUACUCUUGGGAACGGGAAACGCUUUGCCGGCGUUUCGCUCUACAGUGGUGAAGGUAUGGGAGACGAACCGGUUGGAUUGGUUUAUUUCAGCGACCGGUCGAACUCUUCGAGCAGCAUUUGCAUGCCUGGCUCACUGAACCCGGAGACAGUUCGCGGGAAGGUGGUGGUUUGUGACAGAGGGCUUAACGCGCGCGUAGAGAAGGGCACAGUUGUGCGCGACGCGGGUGGGGUGGGGAUGAUACUCGCGAACACAGCGAUGAGCGGCGAGGGACUGGUGGCGGACAGUCACCUUGUGGCCGCCGUGGCAGUGGGGGAAAACGCGGGUGAUGAGAUUAGAGAGUAUGCGUCGAUGGAUCCUAAUCCAACCGCUGUUCUGAGCUUCGGUGGGACCGUGUUGAACGUGAGGCCGUCGCCUGUGGUGGCGGCGUUUAGCUCUCGCGGGCCCAAUGGUGUGACGGCCCAGAUACUUAAACCGGAUAUUAUUGGGCCUGGAGUGAACAUCUUAGCAGGUUGGUCCGGUGCAGUUGGGCCAUCUGGGUCCGAAGACACUCGCAAAACGCGUUUCAACAUCAUGUCUGGUACUUCCAUGUCUUGUCCUCACAUAAGUGGGUUGGCUGCGCUGUUGAAAGCAGCGCAUCCAGAUUGGAGUCCAAGUGCGAUCAAAUCUGCCCUCAUGACAACGGCUUAUACCCACGACAACACAGAGUCUCCGCUUCGUGAUGCAACAGGAGAAGAAGCCCUCUCCACACCAUGGGCCUAUGGGGCCGGUCAUGUGAACCCACAAAAGGCCCUAUCUCCUGGCCUUGUUUAUGAUGCCUCCACACAGGACUACAUUGCCUUUUUGUGCUCCCUCAACUACACCAACGACCAUCUCAGACUCGUGGCUAAGCAUCCCGACGUCAAUUGUUCCACAAAAUUUGCUGACCCGGGUGACCUCAAUUAUCCAUCUUUCUCGGUCGUUUUUGGAACCAAUAAGGUUGUACGGUACACGCGCACGUUGACCAACGUUGGGGAGGCGGCAUCUGUGUAUGACGUGGCGGUUAGCGCGCCGUCCUCUGUGGAGAUAACGGUGAAUCCUAACAGGGUUUCGUUUACAGAAGUGGGGGAUCGACAAACGUACACGGUGACCUUUGUGUCGAAUAGGAGUGUUAAUGAUUCGGUUGCUUCUGAAUUUGGUAGCAUCAUGUGGAGCAAUGAAGAACAUAAAGUUAGGAGCCCGGUUGCUUUCACAUGGACAUAUUUUUGAGGUUUUAUUAUUAUCUAGUAGGCCAUAGGCUGUAGAGUUUAAAGCAAAGAAGCUGCAUGCAUGACUUUACCAGUCUUUAGGUACAUUGCUGUUGCCAUCACUCCAGACUGAACUUGUUGUAAUAACAUAUUCUACAAAAGCUAUGGCAACACGACAGUAGUUAACACAACACCUCAUCAUGUGCCAUACAACGCCUUCCUUUAACUAUUAAUUUCAAAGUUUCAGAUUUUCACCAUCUAAAUCAAUUUUAUCCAAAGGUUUAGUGAUUAGAAGAAGCUGAAGCAGAGGUAGAGUAAAAAAGACAGGGAGAUGCCUGCAGUUAAAGGUGGUGGCAUGUUCUACCGCAGUACAUACUACACACGGUCAUUUCAAAGUUAACGCUUCCUCUGAAUUACUAAUUACUAGUUAUUUCGAAGGGUCUUAUUCCAAACGAUCUCGGCCAUGAAUGGCUACUAAUCGGUGUACCAAAUGAAAAGACAUUUCCUGUGUCCUGUGUCCUCUGUCAGUUAUGCAGAAAAAGGUAGUUCACAGCAAUCACUUAUUUUCCUGCCGUGCCAUUUGAUUAUUUAGUCGAUCAUCAACUUUCUGGUAGGACCACAGGGAUUGAAACUUGGAGGAAAAAAAAUCAAUAAGACAAAAAAGAAAACACUUUUUCAUUUCUGUUUUCGGAGAUAAAACGCUUUAUCCUUAUCGUGUUUUCAGGAAGCUUACAGGGGUUACAGCAUGGAACAUGAGUUCAACUAACUUUAGCUUAGUCAUCAAGGUCCAUUAAAAUGAGAGAUUGAUAUUAUAACACUUAUACUACACUUCUUUUUGCAUUUUAAAAAAUGGAACAAACAUUGAUUAAACUGAUCAAAGCAUGCAAUCGUAAUCAAUAGCCAUUUUCUACUAUUUGGGUCUUUCACUUCACUCGCUCAACAUUGGAGAUUGACAACGGCAGAGGGUCGAACUUAUCUGACCCACAAUUACAAACGGAGCUACUACAUUUGCUUGGAGUAUCCAUAUAGCGCACAAUCUAACUUACAACAUUUAUAACCCUUUAUAUUUCCAAAAUUUAUACUCUAGCUAUUAUGAAUGCAAUUUUGAUAACAAAAGCUUCAGAUUUUUUUUUUUUUUUGCUGUUCCUUUUGGAAAGAAUAUACUAGCAA